CUUCCCGCCGCUGCAUCUUCUCUUCCGGCCGCGCCGUUAACCGCAACCUCCCUCUCCCCCAGGCGGCUGACGGUCCGACGUGGUGAUGAUCUCUCGUCCAAAUGUGUAAGUGUUACUUUUGUUAGCAUGUCACGGCCGCUCCACCGCUGUUUUUAGCUAACAACACGUUAGCCCUGUUGGUGAUAACAGAGACGUUUCUGAAUCUCUGAACGAUCAUCACUGUCCAGCAGCUUCUUCUUUGUCUGUGGCUCCUGCAGCCGCUAAGGUGAUGGAGGCUGAUGGUGCUUGUUGAUGGACGACGACUCGCGAUGGAGGAAAUAUGAGAACAGACGCUAACGGUCCUGGAGUCUCAUGAUCACAUGAUCCUUACAUACGAGGACGGAGUGAUGCCAUCAUCGCUGUGGUGACAGCAGAGAGAGACGCGGGGCCUGAUUCUGGGAGACAGAGGCAGAUCACCAUGUGCCGGAAUCUAUCCAAAUACGCCCUCAUCUUCCUCUUCCUCGCUCUGUUUGGACUCCUCUUGCUGCUCCGCAACAUCCACACUGUGGAGAACUGGAACUGUCACACGAUCUCAGCGCUCUACCAGCUGCAGAGCAGGAUCCAGUCGUCCUUCCUCCCCACUUUCUAUCACAACCACACCUUUUGUGCUCAGCUGGGCCAGAAACCCUCCCCCGAAGAUGAGCUGGAAGAGCGCUACCUGCUGGACUCCAUCGCCUGGCCCGGGCCCCUCACUCGCUCCGCACAGACGGCCUUGCGCCUGACGAGCGACCCUUUGCACAGCCUGUUCGCCAUCCUGCCCACCAAAGGGGGCAGGGAGUGGCACGUGGGCGACCAGCUGGAGGUCCUUGUCCAGAUGCACGACUUCCACGGCCGUCCCAAGCGCUAUGGCGGCGAUUUCAUUUUGGCCAGACUGCACUCUCCGGAGCUCGGCGCAGGUGUGGCAGGCAAAGUGCUGGACCACAGGAAUGGAUUCUACUCUGCUCUGUUCCCGCUCCUCUGGGUGGGAUCUGCACAGGUCGAGGUCACGCUGGUGCACUCCAGCGAGGCGGUCUCGGUGUUGCAGCGGCUCAGGGAAGAGCGCCCCGACCGGGUGUUUUUUAAGAGCCUGUUCCGCUUGGGCUUCCUGUCUGAAACGACUGUGUGCAACAUGUGCCUGCCGCCCGAUCAGCAGCCUCUCUGCAACUACACAGACCUUUACACUGGGGAGCCAUGGUACUGCUAUAAGCCCAAGAUACUCAGCUGCGACACCAGAGUCAACCACGCCAAAGGAGGCUACCUGAAACACCUCAUCAGCAACAAGGAGGCACUGCUCUUCCAGAGUGGCGUAAACAUCAAAGUGCACAUACACCCUUCAGGACCCGACAGAGUCACUGUGCUCCCAUCAAGAAAAGAUAAAGUAGAGGCAGAGAGCAGCAGUGCAAAGCCAGACGCCAUUAUGCUCGCGCCAUCGGGGUAUUACUACGAGGAGUCAUGGAGGCCAUUAGGGGGCGCCACAAUGCGCCAGUUCAAUAAUACAUCUGCCAUCAUUCGGUGUUUGAAGGACAAGAUGAUCCACCUGUACGGAGACUCCACCGUCAGGCAGUGGUUUGAGUACCUCAUUGCUUUCGUCCCAGGGUUGAAGGAGUUCAACCUGAACAGUCCUAAAAACGUCGGGCCUUUCAUGGCGGUGGACAACGCGCACAACAUCCUCUUGAAAUACCGCUGCCACGGCCCGCCCAUCCGCUUCUCCACCGUCAUGUCCAGCGAGUUGAGGUACAUCUCCAACGAGCUGGACGGCCUCUCGGGGGGUCCCAACACCGUCGUGGUCCUCAGCAUCUGGGCCCAUUUCAGCACCUUCCCCGUGGAGGUGUACAUACGACGGCUGCGCCACAUUCGGCUGGCUCUGGUGCGACUUCUGGACCGGGCGCCGGGGACGCUCGUGGUGAUCCGCUCGGCCAACCUCCAGGCCCUGGACCAGGAGGUGAGCCUGUACAACAGCGACUGGUACUCCCUGCAGCUGGACGAGGUGCUCAGGGCCAUGUUCAAGGGAAUGAGCGUCCUGCUGGUGGACGCCUGGCAAAUGACUGUAGCGCACCCCCUCCCCCACGCCCUCCAUCCGCCACCAGCCAUCGUCAAGAACAUGAUAGACAUGCUGCUGUCUUACGUUUGCCCAGAGGAGAAGAAGAGCUAACAGGAGCAGGACAGUGACUUGGAGGAAACCUUGUGAAUCCACAGAUAUGUUCUUUAGAUCUUUUAUUUCCCUAGAGCAAACCCAGGGGAAAGACCAGAGCUAACCCAGGGGAAAGCGCAGAUCAUCUGGUCUUUCCCCUGCUGAAAGACCAGAUGAUCUUGCCUGUUACAUUUCAUCACAACCAGGAAUGCCAAAGACCUCGGUGACAUGUGCCGAGGUAUUUUGAGUGUUUGCGUUUCUUUUACCUAACUGGCCCGUAUCAGCUGUCCUUCUUUCAGAAUCACAGUGUGAGCUUUGGGUCAUUCAUUUUUGCCACAGUUAAAAUCUCAUUGACAUUUCGUAUCAGUUUUUUUUCUCUCAGACUGUUCAGUGUUAAAGAAUGGUACUCCGAUCCGAGCCACGUCACAACACGUCCACUAUUGUAUCUAUUUGUUUACAUGUGUAAACUGUGAGUCCAUGUGCACUGAGAAUGAUUUAUAAUGUGAACCACAUACUACCACAUGUUUACUGUAUUGUAUCUUGUAUAUCAUUGCCCUGUAAAUCAUAGUAGCCAACACUGCACCUGCACCUGUGGCAGCUGCAGUGUUGGCUUCUAUGAUUUUCUUUAUCUAUAUGUUUUCUUAUCUAUAAUUUCUUAAUCCUCUUUAUUUCAAAGAUUUAACUGUGAUAGUUCCAGUCGACUUUUACCCGAAGACGUCUCUGACUCACAAAUCUGCCUCUUUGCCUUUCAGACAACAACUUUUACUGAGGUCAAAAUCAUCAAAUCAAAAGCAGGCAUGUCCGUCCAUCCCAGGCUUGACCUUGACGCAAUGACUCCUUUUUAUUCAUAUUUAACUUUCCUAUUCAGUUUUGUGUUUGGGAUGUUCUUUAUGGACAUUUGAGGAUUAUACAACUAUAUCAAAUAGUGUCACAUGUUCAUUAGAGCCCGACCAAUAUGGAGUUUUGGGGAUGAUGGAGAGAAAAAAAGUGAUGCUAAAAUAUCGGUCGCUAUAUAUAAAGACAAAAAAUUCACUUCAUUUUUUAUUGAGGUUUGAUAUUUUACGGUUUAACCUAAUCACAGCCUAAAAACAACCAAAUAUCUAUUGAAUGUAAACAUAUAUUAGUGAUUUGUUGAAUCAAUGAAGUUUUUACAUUAGCGAAUAUAAACAAUGACACAGAUGUCUGUGAAAGGAUCACAUAUCGGGCUCUAAUGUUCAUCAUAUGACAUCAGUGAAGGGGUGAGAAGAGAGUGGAGGUUGCUUAUUGAGAGUUUUCUGAUCUUUGUGAUACAAAGAGAUAUUGUGCCUAUUUUAUAUCUAAUUCCGUCCCUGAAUCGAUCAAAGUUUUUAUUUUUUUGUUUUUAAUAGUUAUCAUGUAUUUCUUGUUUUGUUUUUCAUAUAUCAUUAAAAAGAUCAACAAAUGUAGCCAUGAGCGCAAACUUUGGGUUAUAGAUGGAGCAGCAAUGAAGCAUUGUUUAUGUUUUAUAUCAACCUUUAAUUAUAACCAUCAGUUCAUUGUUAUCCUGGUAUGAGGUAAAGACAUGAAAUUAUUGUGUAUUUGAUUUUUUUUUUGUCUUAAUUUUCCGCUCUGUAUUUGAAAUCAAAGAUUAUGUUGUACAUAACCUCUAACUCACAUUUUAUAGCCCAUUCAUUUUAUGCCAUCAUGUUGCUGAGUCAGCACUAAGUUUCUAAUCAAAUAAAAUGUUUUGUUCAUAAAACUGACAGGUCAGAGCUGUGGUGGACGAGCUCUCAUCAAUGUUCCUUUGUGUAACUGUUGGAAAUGUUGGAGGAUUUCAACGAAAUCAGAUUGCAGCUGAUAUUAAAAGAGACAUGCAAAAACCUA